CUGGUACCCUGUCCUCUGAGCCCGAGAAGGGAGUGCUUCUACCUGGGCUGGAGGCCAGCCAGACGGCCCUUUGGGAGCUUUUGGAUUUUGAAGGAGAGAUCUUGGGGAGUUUCUGCUCCACGUGGACCUCCAGAGAGAGCCAGGAGGACAUCAUGGGGUGCUGCAGUGGCAGGUGCACCUUGGCCUUCAUCUGUGGCAUGCAGCUGGUCAGUGUGCUGGAGCGCCAGGUGAUAGAUUUCCUGGGAUACCAGUGGGCUCCCAUCCUGACCAACUUCCUGCACAUCAUUGUUGUCAUCCUGGGCCUUUUUGGCACCAUUCAGUUCAGGCCGAGAUAUGUCACUGGGUAUGCAGCCUGGCUCGUAGUCUGGAUGACCUGGAACGUUUUCAUCAUCUGUUUUUACCUGGAGGUUGGAGACCUGUCCAGAGACUCUGACCUUGUCCUGACAUUUAACCUGUCCAUGCACCGCUCCUGGUGGAUGGAGAAUGGCCCAGGAUGCAGGGUGACGCCCAUCACCCCUCCUCCCUCCUGGGCACCCGAGGACCACCGAUAUAUAUCUAUAUCUGGCUGUCUGAUGGAUUUUCAGUUCAUAGAGGUGGCUCAUUCCUCGCUGCAGAUACUCCUGGCUUUGGUGGGGUUUAUCUACGCCUGUUACGUGGUCAAGCUUAUUUCUGAAGAGGAGGAUAGCUUUGAUUUUAUAGGAGGGUUUGACUCGUAUGGCUACCAGGGGCCUCAGAAGACCUCCCACCUUCAACUACAACCCAUGUACAUGUCAAAAUAAGCCCAGAAGCGACUCCAAGAGUGCUGCCUUACCAACGAUUCCUGCUUAAAAUCCUGUUUUUAUUACUCCCAACUGUCUUUUAAUAAACAACAGAGACACAGACAAGUAGACAGGGAACAGAUGACUCUCUGCGAUUCAGCUCACAAAUCUCCCCAAACACUUGGUCAGAUGGCUUCCCACUAGCCUGUCUUUCAGUGGAGUUCCUGAUGAAACAUUGGCCUCAUGUGGCUCAGCAUGGUAACUGCAGGACAUUUUUCAUUCCUUCCUCAGACCCGGUCAGUAGCCAGUGACUUGCUUCUCCCUUGUGCUGCUGGGCGUCUGCUUUACGAGGGAAACCGAAGGGAUGCAAAGAGGCCACGCUCGACGGUCGACGGUCACGUGUUCCUGCGAGCUUCCAAUGAGAACUCAUUCAAUUUUCUGCUGUCAAAAGAAAAAAAAAACAUGUUUCAGGAGCGCUGGUUAAGUGUGUUGGUAUCUAACAGCUCUUGCGCCUCACCAAAGAGUUUAAAAACCAUCCCCGUGCACACAACAGAGCCUGUUUAACCUUCUCUGGAACUUUUUGCUCUUUGUGCCUGACUGAUUAACACUUGGAAAAGUCCAGCGAAGAAUCUCCGAACAUGACUACCGAUUAAGGAAUGUUAAACACCUUUCAAAGUUUUUUUUAUUUUGUUUUAGUUAUUUAUUUAUUUAUUUUCGGUGAAUUUCAGGAUCUGGUUUUCUAACGGUGAUGGCCAAGACGGCAGGAGGACACAUUUUACUCUGGCAAAAAAAUGUUGAAUGUUAUCCAACAGCGUUGAUUUUACCGUCCUCUCAUCUGUGCAUGCGUACAGGAAGCAGACGCAUUCACAGACAGGCGUUGAGUAAUGUACAUGUGAACGCAUGCAUGCACACAAACACACACACACACACAAACUUAGGACAAAUCUUAGCACUUCACUUUUUUUUUUUUUUACUGCUAAUGUGAAUCUUAAUGUUUACAAUUGAGAGACUGAACACUUGACUGACGCAGCAGGUAGAGAUGACCCACACUUCUUAGCUGCAGCAUCCCAAAGGUCGGGGUGUUUUCAGCCAUACAAGGAAAAAAAAACAGCUGUGUCUCUUGCUGUAUAAAUAUUUCGUCUUCCACCCAAGAUACAUACAGAGAUGGCAACAAAGACAGAAAAUGUCACAGGAGAGCGACAGGUUCCCAUCCGUCUCAGUCCUUGUGUAGACUACCCCAUAUCUGUCACCGAACAAUCGAUUCUCUUUUUCUUAAUUAGACUCUUUUGUUUUUUUAAAGAAAGAAUGGCAAAUCACCCUUUUUUGCAAUAUCCAGCUCUUUUUAAUAAUAAUUCAAAAGCAGCCAAAAUCUUCUGCAGGCAACACUUUAUAUAAAUGACAAUCACAGUCAGAGCAGCCUGUCGUGUCGUGAAUUGGCAUUUUUCUGUCAGUUCAGGGAGCUGGAUGUUAGAGAAGGAAACCUUCCCGAAAGAUGGUGGUCACCGUCACUGGAGAACAGGGAAGCCUUUAAAUGAUAUUCUUUGAUGCAUUAUUUGAUGUUUCGCCUUUGUGGUGAAUGAUAAAAGAUUGAAAGGAACAAAUGGGGAAAGCAAGGUUUGCCGUAUCCUUGCACACCCUCGCCAGCAGCCUGAUGAGGACAAAAAAACAGAGAAAGACAUUUAGCAGUUCUCCUCUUUCACUUCAUUGCUCCACUUUUAAUGCUUAAAGUGCCAACUGUACCAUCACAUAGACCUCUGUAGACCUCGGUUUCAGAGAGCCGCACACUGGGACCAAUAAUAGUAGGUCUCAAGUUUACUUUGCAGGGUUUCCAUGAAAGAAAACUGAUAAAAGAAAUCACAAAUUAAAAUUAUAUUGGCAUUCCAGAUAGCCAGCAGGUUUUUUUAUUUUAUGUUUUAUUUUUAUUCAACUGACUCCUCCUGGAAAUGUGACUGAUGUUGCAUUUGUAUUGUAAUCACUGGACCAAAUGUUUUGAGGCCUUUUUCUUUUACUGAGAAACUCUUUUUUUUUUCUGGUAGGAAAAACACUGGCUUCUCACGAAAGAAGGAUGGACAAGGUCAGACUGUUUUCCUCAACAAAAUUCGUCUCAAAAUCCACCUUAAGCACCCCCUCGGCCAGUAUCUUCAGCAGUAUAUCCGUUUUGUAAUGAAACUCCAGGCGUUUCAAAUCGCUGCCCUGUGGGGCUCCGCCGACGGUCGCUCCGGAGGACAGAAACAGCAUUUUGUGUGUUUGCAUGAGGUGUUUCCCAAACUGUUGCAUAUUUAAUCUCAUGCUGCGUGUGACUAACUAGCUACUUAAAAAUGGGAACUGUUUGGUUUGUCGAAUGCUCCUCAAAAGCUCCUCCAAGAGUCCUAAAUGUGAACUUUGUGGGGUUUUUUCUAUAAAUAACACAGUCUGAAAUGUCUGCUGAGUAAAGGGAGAAAAAUAGCUACUACGAUGUAAAACUAUGAAAUGUAACUUUGACCUUCUAGACGUUUUUUAUUCACAUGUGGCUGUGUUUACUGUUUUUUCUAGUUGACUAAUACUGUAUGAUGUUGUGUAUAAGUGGGACUACUAUGUUUUACUUCUUCUAACUGUAUAGUAUAUUUGAAAUCAGAGCGGGAAAGAGAGGACAAGGCGGAGGGAGAGUAUUAGUUGCACUAUAGGCUGUAAUUGUUUAAUUAACUGGUCUGUUAGGCCUUAAAAUUCACUUUCAAUUCAACACAUAAUUAAAUUAACUAAUAUUCAUUUGUAUUUGAACUGUCAACCAAACACAUGCACAUGUGGCUUUCUGACAGCUUGGUUUGUUUUGCACAGUUCAAAUCGGGAAACUGUGAAAAUGUUCCAUUAUUGUGAAGCUUAAUUGAAAGAGCUGGUCAGUCGCAGCAUUAUGAAAUGACUUUAUUUGAACUGAAAGUGGAUUUUAUUUGUUAAUAAAUUUGUCUUUGACCACGCUGUGUAAUCAGUGAUCUAGAAAGUCCUAAUUUGGUACAUUUAACAAGCGAGAAAGGAUUUCAGAAAUAUAAUGUGACCCGUGUGUGUGUGUGUGUGUGUGUGUGUGUGUGUGUGUGUGUGUGUGUGUGUGUGUGUGUGUGAGACCACAUGUGGGACUGUGUACUGCAGUGCAUUGUUUUCUAUGUCAUGGUGAACUAUGCAGACUUGAACCCCGAACCUAACAAAAAGACAAUUAAAAAAACACACGCUCUGCUCUAAAGCGAGGUGCCACUUUAAGCUGAAGGAAGAGCUUGUUAAAGGUGAAAAAACAGCAAUAACAACAGUAAUAAUACAUUUUUAAAGUAAAAAGGAAGACAGCAGCUACACUGUUUGUUAUUUAUCUUGAGAGCUGGUUGAGCCCAUUUAGACUUUGGAACAGUCAAUAGAGCUUUUGUGUGAUAAAAGGAAAAAAGAAUUUGUAGAAGAAUUGAGCCAAGCCAUUAUUGUGUUGAUCAGUGUAAAUAAACAUUCAAUCAAGCCAGUGUAAAACUCUUGACACUGCAAUAAAAAAGCUCCAAGAUACUCUGUGUGGUAUGAGAUACCAGUUAGCUGAGUUCUCUUAGAUAAUUGAUUUAGGUGGAAAUUUGCGCUUUAAUUUAAAAAAGCAUACAUUCUGGAGGGAAAUUGGUUUGUUGAAACAGAUAAUCUUCUGUUAGACGAGUGUUUGAAAAUGCAAUAAGACAUGAUCAUCUUAUAUUUAGCAACUAUUUUCACAGUACAAUGUUACGGAAAUGUGCCACUUACUGAAAGUGGGAGCAGAGACGUCCAGUCUUUUCUCUGUGGCUCUGGGUUGAUUUGUUGAAGUUCACCACUGACUAGAAUGUACCAUGUAUGUAUGUUAGCGCCUUCUCUUCAUAUGAUGGGUUUCCCACAGGUGACUGACUGUACAUAAACUAGACAGCUGGGAUUAAAGUAGAGUGUGGAGAA